AAACCUUAUAGUAGUGCAGUUACUACACUUCAAUCUUUCUUUUCCCGAUAUAGUUUCUCUACUAACCCACCCAUCUCUCUUCACUUUUUCCUCUCUUUAACUUCAUCAUUCAUCAACAAUGAACAUGACCCUCGUUUCAUCAUCUCCAUUACAACAAUUUCUACUUCCUCCAGAAUGGGUCGUGGAAAAAUUGAGAUCAAGAAGAUCGAAAACUCGACAAACAGGCAGGUCACUUACUCCAAGAGAAGAAAUGGUAUUUUCAAGAAAGCUAAAGAACUUACUGUUCUUUGUGACGCUAAGAUCUCUCUCAUCAUGCUAUCAAGCACCAGGAAAUAUCAUGAGUUCACAAGCCCAAACACUACGACAAAAAAGAUGAUUGAUCAGUAUCAGAGUGCACUUGGAGUUGAUAUUUGGAGCACUCACUACGAGAAAAUGCAAGAAAACUUGAAGAGAUUGCAAGAGAUCAAUAACAAGCUAAGAAGAGAGAUAAGGCAGAGAACAGGGGAAGACAUGAGCGGACUCAAUUUGCAGGAACUAUGCCACUUGCAGGAGAACAUCACUGAAUCUGUAGCUGAGAUUCGUGAAAGAAAGUACCACGUGAUCAAGAAUCAAACAGACACCUGCAGGAAGAAGGUGAGGAACUUAGAAGAGCAACAUGGAAACCUCGUACUUGACUUGGAAGCAAAAUGUGAAGAUCCGAAGUACGGUGUAGUGGAAAAUGAGGGGCAUUACAACUCUGCUGUGGCAUUUGCGAAUGGAGUACACAACCUUUAUGCUUUUCGCCUACAACCAUUGCACCCCAAUCUUCAAAAUGAAGAAGGAUUUGGUUCUCGUGAUCUACGUCUCUCCUGAAGAUGUAUCAAUUUGCAGCAAUGACGUUAAACCUUAAAUGCUGAGUUACUUAUUCGAAUCAACUUCCCAAAUUAUAUCUUAUUACUAAAAAAGUUAAAUAUUGCAAGCUGCAAACACUACUACUUUAUCUAAUUAAUUAGGUUUUGCUCUGAGUCUGGAUUUGGUUCCUGUCCUAUUUAUUGUAUUAAGCACUUUAUUAUUCUAGGUGUUUCAACUCCUAUAUAUAUGGGUGAUGCCUUGAAUGUAUGUUCAAUUAAUCAAUUUUCCAUUUCGACUUGA